GAUUACCUUGUCGACCACCGGCUCCGAGAGAGUCUGACCCAUUCUGUCCGCUUUCUAAGAGGACUUGGUGAAAGGGUUGGCGAGAGUGGUAUGAACGUGGACCGUGUUGCGCUUCGCGGGCAUGCAGUAGAUUUGUGCAGCGUCACUAAGCUGUUGUGGGGGGUUCGCCGGGGUACGACAACGACGGCCGGGGUGAAAGGCGCUGGCCGCGGGUGGAGAGUGAGGAGAAAUAGAGGGGGAAGAGGGAGGGUUGUGAGGAGAGUGAAGGGACAGGGCGGGCAGAGGAGCUUGUGUGGUCAAGGAGUGCACAGUGUCGUGUGUGUUGGUAGAGCAAAGAAGUCCAGAGGCUGCCCGCGGACUUGCACGCUAAUCCUGAUUGGGCAGGCUGAGCCACGCCUCGAUUUUGUCGCCGUCAUCCUCACCAUCACCCUCUGUUACCGGUUUUCCGCCUAUUCCAGCGCUAGGCUAAUCAUUUUCUGUCUUUACCUUGCAUGUCAGAUAGUUGCCUUGGGAGCAAAGCGCUUCCGCAUAACACAGAAGCUGCAUUGAUGCGGCGGUGCAGGGCGCUUCCCCAAGGCACCAGUCCCUGGAUGCACGUCGGUGAAUUGCAGCUUCGCUCGCGUGCCUGUUUCACUGUUUUGGCGAGAUUCCG